AAGUGGAUGUGGGUCAGAACCAGAACAGAACCAUGGAGGUCCAGCUGGACGGGUCGGAUCUGUUCUGAUCUGUUCUGAUCCAUCAGGUGAUUUAACAUGUUCACAGCUGAUCUGUGUUGUUAUAGUGAUGUUUAACUCUGUAUAGAGACACAGUCUGAUGCUCAGAGAGAGCAGCAGGACAGAUGGAGGAAUAACAACCUGAGAACAACCUGACAGCUGAACCAGAACCAGAACCAGCAGCUGGUACCAGAACCAGAACCAGAACCAGCAGCUGGUACCAGAACCAGAACCAGAACCAGAACCAGCAGCUGGUACCAGAACCAGAACCAGCAGCACCGUUAUAUCUGCUGCUGCCAGAAAAGACUUCAACAUCCCUUCAGCUGAUUCUGCCGUCCGUCACACUCGUGGCAGUUCAAUGCCGAACACGUCAGAAGGUCAAGGUCAAGCAAACCUACCCGGGUCAGCAGAACCGUCGGGGGUGCAGAGGCCCGGCGAUGGCGAGGAGGACCGCAGUCUGCUCAGCUCCCUCGCCCGGGACGCCAUGAGAGUACGGAGGGCUUCGAGCGCCGAACUCCACCUGCCGUGGACCUGCCCGGUCACCCACUCCCGAGAGAAGUUCUACACCGUCUGCUCCGACUAUGCUCUCCUCAACCAGGCCGCCACGGUGUACUGCCCGCCACACGGAACCAGGGACGCGGUCCAGAACCAGCAGGAUGACGGGAUAUCUCUGGUGAAGCCCAAACCCUCAGCUGACUUCAGCGCCGGCGGGUCAGGAGGGGCCCACGUGGGAUCAGACGGGGACUGUGACAUGGUGGAGGUGUCCAGCCUUACUAAACCCAUGUUGGCCUGGGAGAUCGACACCACCGACUUCAACGCCGUGCUCACCAGAAAAGUCAGAACAAGUAAUGUGAAGAAGAGCAGCACCAAGAAGAUGAAGUCCUCAGACAGACCCAGCAGGAACCUGCAGGACGCCCCUCCUCACGCCUCGCUGGACGAGAUCAAACAGAGAAAAGUGCUGGACCUCAGGAGAUGGUACUGCAUCAGUCGACCGCAGUACAAGACUUCCUGUGGGAUGUCAUCUCUGGUUUCCUGCUGGAACUUCCUGUACAGCACGCUGGGAGCGGGAAGUCUCCCGCCCAUCUCUCAGGAGGAGGCUCUGACCAUUCUGGGCUUUCAGCCGCCGUUUGAGGAAAUCAAGUUCGGUCCGUUCACUGGCAACGCGACUCUGAUGAGGUGGUUCAGACAAAUCAAUGAUAACUUCAGAGUGCGAGGCUGCUCAUACAUUCUGUACAAACCACACGGGAGACACAAGACGGCAGGAGAGACAGCUGAAGGAGCGCUGAUGAAACUGAGCCAGGGGCUGAAUGACGAGUCUAUGGCCUACAUCUACCACUGCCAGAACCACUACUUCUGUCCAGUGGGAUUUGAGGCUACGCCACUCAAAGCUGCUAAGGCCUACAGGGGUCCUCUACCCACCAACGAGAUGGAGCACUGGAUCCUGAUCGGUGAGCCCAGCAGGAAACAUCCAGCUAUCCACUGUAAAAAGUGGUUGGACAUCGUGACCGACCUCAACACACAGAACCCAGAGUACCUGGACAUCCGUCACACAGAGAGGGGGAUUCAGCGCCGUAAAACCAAAAAGGUGGGCGGCAACCUGCACUGCAUCAUGGCCUUCCAGAGGGUCAACUGGCAGAAGCUGGGUCCCUGGGCUAUGAACCUGGAGAACCUGCGCCACGACUUCCAGCACCACCACGCCACGGAGCGGGCCCAAGGGAGCGCCGCCGCAGAGGAAGCUGAGGACAGAACGUCAUCCAAGCGCCUGGCCUACCUGGGACGCUCUCAGAGCACAGGAAGUCAGAAAGACGGCAGCUGGAAACGGCUGUCCAACACCGCAGAAUACCGGCAGAGGAGCUCCCCCGAUAGCGACCUGGAGGAAGACGUCACAGACUGAACGGGUUCAAUAACAGACGGUACGGCACGGCAAGGCGCGGUACGGUACGGUGCAGUACGGUAUGGCACGGUACGGUGCAGUACGGUACGGCACGGCACGGUAUGGUGCGGUGCGGUAUGGUGCAGUACUGUACGGUAGAGAGCUGUAUGGUACGGUGCGGUACAGUACAGUACGGUGCGGUAAGGUGCAGUACGGUACGGUCCGGUACGGCACGGUACGGUGAGAUGCAGUACGGUAUGGUACAGUACAGCGCGGUGCAGUACGGUACGGGACGGUACGAUGUAGUGCAGUACGGUACGGUAUGGUACAGUACAGCGUGGUGCGGUGCGGUACCAAAUAUCACCAUACUUUAAUAUUGGUGAAUUCCUGUUUUUUAGGACGGUCAGAUGUGGAUUCAUAUGGUAGUUUUUAGUGUUUAUUUAUUUGGAGUCGGCCUGCUGAUCCUCUGGAUUCAUCCUUUCUGACACAUUUCCUUUUCUCACUACGAAACACCGACAACUUCUUUAACUCAAAAACACCGGCAGCUACACAACCAGUGAGCCACAUUAAAUAACCACCGAGCAGCAGAGCUCUAUUUCUGGUUUUAUGUUUCUAUACAGCGUGUUAAUGCACACAGACUGUCGCUGUCCGAGCUGCUAAUGAGUCCGUAGCAGACAAGGUGAAGGAUGUUAUGUGAAAGAAAAGGAAACAAAUCAUGACGACAUACGGCAAACACUAAAAUAUACUCUUUACUCAACAGCACAUCAAACUAAAUGAACUUGUUUUUUAAAAGUUGUAUUGAGCGGUAUCAACUUCACGGCCACUGCACUGUAAGGUGUUUCUGUUAUUUUGUCCACCCCUGUGUUAUCAUCCAUCUACAGUCUCCUACAAAUUUGCCUCAAGAACCGCUAAAGUUCGUCUGACUAGAUUGUCCUCCUAAACCGUAGGUCCGAUAUGUACCGAAUUUUCUGUGGAUCAUUAUUGGACCAAACUCAUCAAACUUAAUUAUUAAAAGCUUGUUGAUAUCUUAUUGCGUUUUGAAGAUAUUGACCAGUGAACGUCAAAAGGGCGCGGCUCAUCACAUCAACAGACCUAACUCCACAACCGUUCGGCCAAUCAUCACAAAACAUGUAGGAUAUGUUUAAAGAAAUGUUUGAAACAUACCCUGAAAGUUUCAUUCAAAUCGACCACCAGGGGGCGCUACAAAUGCACAAAAUGGGCGUGGCAUAACACAAACAUAACACUUUUCUGUUCGUAACGUUUGAUAUUGUAGCUCGCUAGAGCCUCGAAUCACAGUUUGUCAUCUCUAAUGUCUGUGAUAUCUGGAUUCUGGCAGCCAACAACACAGCAAGAGGACAUUUCAGAUGUGUAACUUUAGCCCACUGCUAGCGUUAGUUAGCCUCCAGUCUUUCCUUUGUUUAGCCUCCAGCUAACACCGUGACCUCAUCAUGACGUCCACACAGUUACAAACGUGCAUGGGUCUGAUCUAAUUUGGCCAAAUUUGGCCAUGAAUCAAAGAUAAUUUGUCCAAACUUCACCAAACUUGCAGGCCAUGUUUAAUGAAGCUGUUGAAACAUGUCCCCUGAAUGUUUUUGAAGUUGACCAAUAGGGGGCGACGGCAUUGCCAAAGAAGGGCGUGGCCCGGCACAGAUUUGGCUGUAAAUGAAUGAGCGUCUGUCCAAUCAUCAUAAAACCUGCUCGUUAUAUUAAAUACAGGUGUUGGAAAGUGUCAAAGGUCAAGACCUCUCGCAGCUUUCACCUUCUAACAGUCUGUGUUGGCUUGAACCUCAGAAUCACUGCUCCUAUAUUUACAUCCUAUUAUCACAUUUAUCAGAGUUUAAUUCUGUUAAUAUCACGUUAACAUGUUAACAUCAUGUUAAAGUCACUGCAGUGAUACAGUAUGUUCUACUCAGCUAUCUGCUGUACAUUCUGUUCAAAGAUGACGUACGGUGGUUAGUUCAGUGUCCAGUUCAAAGUGUUGUAAAAGUGCAUUGUGAAACCUCCAGUGAGAUGAUCCCAGUCUGUAAAAGACAGAUGUGAGCUGUACAGAUGUGAUCCCUUCAAAUCCUUCAACAUGUGAACCCAGACACUGGAGAGUGAAGCCUGCAUGGUUUAUUCUCAUGUUCAUGUACAGAUCAGUUUGUUUGGUCUCUGACAGACGUCGUGGUGUGAUUUGAUGUAGAGGUUUAUUUAUUACUGAUUUUACAAUAAAUUAAAAAAAAAAAUUAUAAA